UUCAGAGCGCUGAAAAAUGUCAGGUUUUCUUGAGAGCUUGAGGUGCUCGGAGUGUGUUGACUGGGGAGAGAAACGAAACACGAUCGCUUCUGUUGCUGCAGGAGUGCUGUUUUUUACAGGUUGGUGGAUAAUCAUAGAUGCAGCUGUAAAAUACCCUAAAGUGGAAGACUUCAACCAUUCAUACCAUGCCUGUGGGGUUAUAGCCACUAUUGCAUUCCUAAUGAUCAAUGCGGUGUCUAACGGACAAGUGCGGGGUGACAGUUACAGUGAAGGCUGUCUAGGACAAACAGGUGCUCGGAUCUGGCUGUUCAUCGGUUUUAUGAUGGCUUUUGGAUCUUUGAUUGCUUCCAUGUGGAUCCUUUUUGGAGGCUACGUUGUUAAAGAAAAACCAGUAGUAUACCCAGGAAUAGCUGUGUUUUUCCAGAAUGCAUUCAUCUUUUUUGGAGGACUGGUCUUCAAAUUCGGUCGCACGGAAGAUUUGUGGCAAUGAACACGCCUGUGGAAGUGCAUUGGCCACGCUGGUUUUUUAACUGCACACUCCCAAAAUUUUGUAAAGCCAUUUUGUAAACGGUGACCUUCAAUUGUGUCUAAAGAGGAAACAAGGAAAACUUAAAUCAUAGCUCUAAAAAUUCUGGUUCUAGUCUGUUUAGUUUUUUUACUCUUGUAUGUUGAUUUAAAUGUUGUAACAUUUUUGACAAAUGUAAAAUUGCUACCAGUAACCAUGGAAGUCACUUUUAUGAUACGAUGUUUGCUACAAGUAAAUAGUAUAGUGCAAAAUGGAUGUAUUUAACCAGCUGUUUCUAUGAUGUUAUUUACAAUCCAAGGCUUCCUAAAAAUGCUUUAAAACAACUUUUUAACAUAUAUUUAUUAAAUAUUUCCUAUAUCUGGACAAUAUAACCAUUUCUUCAAUUUCAGAACUU